UGUAGUCAAUUUAUUCAUCGUGUGCCAGUUUUCCUGCGAUGUCAACCGUGAAGGAUGAGGACAGCUAAUCUUUUGUGCCGUCAAGGCACAAACCUUCAGGGACGCAUAGCUCGCAGUCGCCAAGCACGCUUCCCACGAUCACGAUCCUUUGCGACACCUGCAUUCGGCAACCCGAACCCACGGUUACCGCCGUAUCUUAAAUUAGCCCAGAACUAUGAAAAGGUCAAGGAGGUUCUAGGAAAGGGCACCGCCCUAACCUUGGCCGAGAAGAUUCUCUACAGCCAUCUUGACAAUGCCGAAGAAUCUCUCAUGACCAACACGAAUGGCGGCCGGAACGUUCGAGGGACAGCAAACUUGAAGCUCAAGCCCGAUCGAGUUGCUAUGCAAGAUGCCUCGGCGCAGAUGGCCCUCCUACAGUUCAUGACGUGCAACCUACCUUCAACAGCCAUCCCGGCCAGCAUACAUUGCGACCACUUAAUUGUGGGCGAACGAGGCGCGAAGGACGAUUUAGAAUCGGGAAUUAAGGUGAAUCAAGAGGUCUUCGACUUCUUAGAGUCUGCCGCCAAGAAAUACGGGAUCGACUUUUGGCCUCCUGGAGCCGGUAUCAUCCACCAAAGCGUCUUGGAGAAUUAUGCUGCUCCCGGUUUGAUGAUGCUGGGAACUGAUAGCCAUACGCCCAAUGCCGGGGGUCUCUCGACAAUUGCGAUUGGUGUUGGUGGUGCUGAUGCUGUUGAAGCUCUUGUCGGUGCGCCGUGGGAGUUGAAGGCCCCUAAGAUUCUGGGAGUGGAACUGAAGGGGAAACUCAAUGGCUGGGCCUCACCCAAGGAUGUUAUUCUCAACCUCGCCGGCCAGCUUACCGUCCGUGGUGGUACCGGUUUCAUUAUCGAAUAUUUCGGGCCGGGCGUUGAAACGCUUAGUUGCACGGGCAUGGCGACUGCCUGCAAUAUGGGAGCUGAGGUCGGCGCUACGACUUCCAUUUUCCCUUUUAGCCCAGCUCACGUCCGGUAUCUAGAGGCUACACAUCGUCACGAUAUAGCCGCAGAAGCGAAGAAGUUUUCCGAUAUUGUUCAGCUCAGGGCCGACCCAGAUGCGAAAUAUGACGAGAUCAUCACCAUUGACCUAUCCACAUUAGAGCCCCACAUCAACGGACCCUUUACCCCUGAUCUCUCUACGCCACUUUCCCAAUUCAAGCAAACCGUCCAGGAGCAGAACUGGCCCGACAAGCUCUCGGCAGGCCUCAUUGGUAGCUGCACAAACAGUUCUUAUGAAGAUAUGACACGUGUGGAGGGUAUGGUUCGUGAAGCCAUGGAGGCUGGUCUAAAACCUACAUCCGACUUCUAUAUUACCCCCGGCAGUGAUCAAAUCAGGGAGACACUACGACGAGAUGGUCCUUUAGAAACGUUCAAGGAGGCAGGCGGCACACUUCUGUCGAACGCCUGUGGUCCCUGUAUCGGCCAGUGGAAGCGACGUGACGGUGUUGAAAAGGGGACGCCUAAUGCGAUUCUCACCUCGUUUAACCGUAACUUCCGCGGCCGCAACGACGGCAACCCCGAUACCAUGAACUUCCUCGCCUCGCCCGAGAUCGUGACUGCCAUGACUUUCGCCGGCACCACCACAUUCAACCCCAUGACCGAUUCUCUCCCCACUCCAUCCGGCAAGGAAUUCCGCUUUACUCCCCCUUCAGGCCUCGAGAUCCCCGCCCAACGGUUCGAAACAGCACGAACCGAGUUCCUCCCCCUCAUUCAAGCUCCCGACGCAUCGGUUACUGUAGCCAUCUCGCCUACCUCGGAACGUCUAGCUCUCCUCGAGCCCUUCGAACCCUUCCCCGCCUCCGACCUAUCGGGCCUCCGCGUGCUAGUCAAGGUCACGGGCAAAUGCACGACGGACACCAUCUCGGCGGCAGGCCCGUGGCUCAAGUACAAGGGCCACCUGCCGAACAUCAGCGAGAACACGCUCAACACGGCGGUCAACGCGGAGACGGGCGAGGUCAACGUCGCGUACGACCUCGACGGCUCCAAGCACACGAUCCCCGAAUUAGGUAAACGAUGGAAGGAGGCCGCGCGCCCGUGGCUCGUGGUCGCGGAGCACAACUACGGCGAGGGCAGCGCGCGAGAGCACGCGGCGCUGCAGCCGCGGUACCUGGGCGCCAAGAUCGUGCUGUGCAAGAGCUUCGCGCGCAUCCACGAGACGAACCUCAAGAAGCAAGGGGUCGUCCCCCUAACCUUCGCCGACGAGGCCGACUACGACCGGAUCGGCGCCGGCGACGAGGUCGAUACUGUCGGGCUUUACGAUAUGCUGCGCAACGAAGGCAAGGGCGACGUAGCGCUUAGGGUUAAGAAGCAUAAGACGGGCGAGGAGUUCCUGGUCAGGACUAAGCAUGCUGUUAGUAAGGAUCAGGCUGGGUUUAUAUUGGCGGGGAGCGCGCUGAAUUUGUUGGCGAAGAUGGGCCGGUGAUUUGGGUUGGGGAUGGGGGGAGGUGAGGUAAAGUUAAGAGCCUUCGGAUGGGAAGGAAAGGGAAGGGAAUAGCUAGGACAAGAUCGGUUAACUUGGCUUAGCUUGGGUACCUUUACGUGCGGAAGUGAAGGGAGAAGGAGGGGUCCGCGGUUGGUUUUCGAGUAACCAUGCGCGUAUAUAAGUGCAUUUGCAUAGGUGCUCUCGGCGGCGGAUAUGGAAAGUUCGGUCGGCUAUAGAGAAAAUGAAAAAAGAUGAAAUACGAUGAUAUGUUGCCUAGCUACCUAGGUACCUAAUAUGACAGACAUCCACUGAUUGCAUUAUUUGCCUGUGUAUGUUGGUACUCAUACUAAUGUACGAAUAUCCUGAGUCUUCAUACUGCUAGAUGGGAGAGGCUAAUAACGAGAAAGAGGUAAUUAUUGGAAGUUAUUAGAUAGGUACCUAUAUAAUCCGCCCCCUAAGG